ACAUAGACACAUACAGUCACGGGCUUGAAACAGAACCAGGUCGACAGCAAGGAAACAAUAAUCAUUGAAAAUGAAAAGUACAACGUGCGUUUCGUAAAGCAGAGGUGUGUUGUCAUUGACACAUCGCGCACUGGAUGGCUUUGCUCUUUCUGUCAUGAAUGUGUUUCUCAGGUUCUCUGGCCUACUGCUGCAGCUGCGGCUGGGAUUUUCUUCAUCCAAUUUCACAAAUGUGGAAAAGAGGUCAUUUCGCGCGGACGAAAGGGGAGUUUUUAAUAUGAAUGACACUUGGCAACAUGUAAAUGAUAAUGGAAAACAGUUUGAUUUAGCCACACAAGUUGACUCUUAGGGAUGCUGUGGAUAUUGGCACCUGUACACAGGUGCCUGAUGCACUUGAAAAUACCUUCUCGUCGGAAAGACAUCUGGCUUCAACUCUGUCCUGCACUGAGUGUGGUAGCGUAACCUGUUAUAGUCCCUUAAGAGGCCAAAGUGCUUACGAAGUGAUGUACAGGUUGAGUUAGUUGACGCGUCCGGCUCACAGUGCCAUUACAAAAUGGAUGCCACUUUGACUGAUGGCAGAGCUGACAUUGACAGCUGCACAUCUCCACCCAGUCCAGAUUUUAGUCUGGAUUCCUCCAGUCCCUUUGCAAAUGGAUUGCACUUUGAGUCAAUUUUGUUUGAAGAUGAGGAAGAGGAGGAUGUUAUGGACAUGGAGUCGGUGGCUCAGUUGGAAAGAGCCUUGGGCGGAAAGGAAGACCUCACAUAUACAGAUUUAAAGACAAAAUUAGAUAUCAAGCCUUGUCCAACUAGAAGUAUAAUUUCAAAGUCUCGUGCAACCCUGGAGCAAGAGGUCAACUGUGAAGACAUGCCUAAAAGGCUUUCCUCGCUUGUUAGCCCUACUGGGAUUAUAAUGACAAAAAAACAGAGAACAAAAGCUCCACCACCAGUAAAAUAUUUGGAGGGUGAAGUUAUAUGGGCAAAAUUCAACCGUAGACCAUGGUGGCCAUGUCAGGUGUCUGUCGACCCAGCUGAGGGAGUUUACCACAGAAUUAAAGAGCCACCAGAUAGGGCCAGUCGUCAGUAUUUCCUCAAGACAUUUGGGGAACCUGAGGAACAGGCAUGGGUUGCAGAGCGAUCUACUCAUAUAUUUGUGGGUGGAUAUCAGUUUAACAAUCUCCCUUUUGUCAGAGGAAGUGGACGACAGAAAGAUGAGAACCGCAGAUACUCUAUACCCAAGCGUUUUCUAAAGUCUUGGCAAGCUAGUGUGGCUGAAGCAGAAGCACUUCUCUUGGAGAAACCAAGGGUGAGCACUCCCUGCUCAGAAGUCAUCACCAAAAACAUCACUGAUGGAACCACGGUGGACAGAGAUGAUAACAAAGCAUCUUCGGUGGAAAUCUCCAACAGUUACCUUGUGACCAAUGGCAAUGUUUCGCAAAAAUCCCACCUGAACUCAUUACCACGUCAACAGAAGUCUAAAAGCACCAAAAAACAAAAGAAGUCUGUAUCAAAACCCAUAGGUAAAGUGAAUGAAUACACUUGUAAGAAUGAUAAGGUUGUGGCAGCUUUGGACAGUCCCUACUCCGACAUUGAUUCGGUUCCUCAGAUCCGCAGGUGUCCCAAAAGCACAGAACAAACAUCAAACCAAUGUGUUGAUAAUAGACAUGCAAGCUUGAAUGCAGGUACAAAUGAUGUGGAAUCAAAGAAGAACGUCAAGAACCAGGGUGGCCUGUGGUUUAGCAAAGCAGGAAAGGGUCAAGUCAAUGGACUCAGUCGUGCGGGAAUUAAAUCUGUUAAUUGGUCUUUUGGAAAGGUGUCUUGCAAAAUUAAGAUGCCAGAUUCAGCCAGCGUGAAACCCAAGGACAGUCAAGUCACAGGACUCGAAAAUUUGUCUGUAGAAGCCAAAAAGGCUCUUGAUAGGAGAGUGAAGUGCCUUCCUGCAAGCAGUCGUCUUAUGACUAGAGCACUAAAGGCGAUGGAGGAGGCAGAGCACAAGACGACGGAGGGUCAAGAGUCGACUUCAAGUGUCGAAGGAGAUAAUUUGUCUGAUUGUAAGGUAACGGAUGAAACAGGUAUAGGGGACAGUGUUACUUUACAGAAGAUGGCAACUACAACAAGCUGUUGUCUCAAAAAGGAUGCGCAUCCUCAGACAUCCUCAGAUGAUAAACAUUUAGUUAAAUCUGUGGAGGAAGUCUCUUUGAUAUCUCACUCGUUCAAGUGCAGCAAGCAAGAGAAUGAUGCUUAUGAUGUAUCUUCUAGUUCUCCGUCUUCUUCUUUGUGCUUAAACUUGGAAGAUCUUGAGAACAUGAAAGAAAUAACAUUUAAAUCACUUGAUAAAGAUCAAAAUGGCAAACGUCCAUUGUUUCGGCCUGAUGUAAACUAUAAGUUUAGCACAUAUUUAAUGCUGCUGAAGGAUACGCAUGAUAGGAGAGAACAAAAUGGAACCCCGCUGGUAAUGGAACCCUUACCCAUGAACCAUCUCAUUAAAGAAGAGCCAUCAGUGAUACCCAAAAAUGAAAUAAAGGAUGAAGGGGCCAAAACAAACAUGGUAGUUUCACAAUGUCAACAGAACAAAGGGGCUGUAAAACAGAAGAAAAGCAAGGGAAAAUCUGGGAAAAGUAAAGGUGAAACAAGCAACAGCAGUAUUGUCCCUGAAAAUCAGCUCUUUAGAAGUGCUCAGAGACCUAACAAAAAAGUUCAAGCACUGGAACUUAAAACUAAUUGUUUCGGCAGGGCAUCCUGUGAGAUCACUGCGAUAGCCCAAGAUUCAUUCGAGAGAGGGAUACCCGAGCACCAACUUCACUCAUCUGAACCAGAGAACAAGUUUUCAGUCAGCGUCCCCAAAAAACGUUGGCAGAAGUUUGAACAACUCAAUGAAAAAGAAUUGCAUCUACACAAAAGUAAUUGUCAUCAAGAGACUAAACAGUCUUCAGAAAACUGUGACGUCUUGAUGGGUGGCACAAACAAGUCCGGGGAGGAACGUAACACAAACUCAUCAGAAACUACUCAAGGCAACUGUCAAAUAAAUGACGUUCCCACAGAAUGCAAACGUAUAAGAAAACCUAGCAAAAGACUCAUCGAGUGGACAGAGGAAUACGAUCAGUUGUUUUCCACUAAGAAGAGAGCAAAAAAGAAAUCCGAGUCGUUUACAAAGGUUGAAAAACACAACUGCAGUGUUCCACCUGCCGGAAAUAUACAGGAACCUCAAGUAACAGAGCAAGAUUUGUCAAGAUCCCUGCCAGAAGUACAGACUCCUCCUCCAGAAGAAACGUCCAAACCCCUAACAGCAGUCAAAGACGCUUUACAUGAGGAGGGUCAGGUUUUGUCUAUCGAUACGCUAACUCCACCUCCAGAUAGUACAGAACCAUCUCCAUGUGCUGAUAUUUAUCAUAAGGAACAGCUUCAGUGCCAAAAUGGUUUAGCCAUUGCAGUAGGUGAUGGUGUGUGUCUAAGCACAAAGAGACAGAGGAAGCCCACCAAAAAGAUUCUAGAAAGUUCCAUUGAAGCUGAACCAAUUCUCACGCCUAAACGAAAGGUAAAGUCACAGAAGACAUCUGGACAUGCUGCUAACUCAGGAGUGGGACAACAAUCAUUCAAACAUAUGAACAAGCCGUCUUCCGAGUCCAUCGACACGCCAACUGCCUCUAUUCCAAAGAGCACUGAGAUAAAGACAGUCACUUCAUCUGCAGUGCCUCAAGCAGCUGACCCAGAAUCAGUUGAGAGUCAUUCAGACUCACAGAUGUCUGUACCUAGUUAUGGUUUGUGUAGAGAAGACCAUUCACAAUCAGAAGAGCUCUCAACCAAUAAGAGUCUAUCUUUAGAGAAAGAUGGCGGCACCUUUCACAAGGAAAAUGUGUGUCAGGUGUGUGAAAAACAUGGAGAUUUGCUCUUGUGUGAGGGCCAGUGCUGUAGGGCAUUUCACCCAGAAUGCACUGGUGUGAGCGAUGCUCCACUAGACAGUUUUUUAUGUCAGGAGUGCACAUCUGGCAUCCACUCGUGCUUUGCUUGUAAGAGUUUAAGUGAGGAUGUGAGGCGUUGCAUGAUCCCUGAAUGUGGUAAAUUCUACCAUGGGGAGUGUGUGGCCAGCUACGCCCCUACUGUGCCUCUGAACCUGACCUUUCGCUGCCCUCUCCACGUGUGUCUGGCGUGUUUUAUCACCAACCCUACCAAUCCAUCAAUAUCUAAAGGUCAGCUGAUCUGCUGCAUCAGGUGUCCUGUGGCGUAUCACGCAGAUGAUCACUGUAUACCUGCAGGAAGUGUCACGCUGACCGACAGCUGCAUUGUGUGUCCAAAUCAUUUUACACCACGCAAGGGCUGCCGCAACCACGAGCACGUCAAUGUCAGCUGGUGUUUCGUCUGCUCUGAAGGAGGAAGUCUGCUGUGUUGUGAAUCAUGUCCUGCAGCGUUUCACAGAGAAUGUCUGAACAUUGACAUGCCAGAGGGCAGCUGGUACUGCAACGACUGCCGGGCUGGAAGAAAACCUCACUACAAAGAGAUUGUAUGGGUGAAAGUGGGCCGCUACAGGUGGUGGCCAGCGGAGGUCAGCCAUCCCAGAAGCAUUCCUGAGAAUAUCCAGCGCAUGAGACACGAUGUGGGAGAAUUCCCGGUUCUCUUUUUCGGCUCUAAUGAUUAUUUAUGGACCUAUCAAGCCCGCGUUUUCCCUUAUAUGGAGGGCGAUGCCAACAGUAAAGAGAAAAUGGGAAAGGGAGUUGAUUCUACCUAUAAGAAAGCUUUGGACGAAGCUGCAAAAAGGUUCAAAGAGCUGCAGGCUGAGAAAGAACUACGACAGCUGCAGGAGGACCGACGAAACGACAAGAAACCUCCGCCGUACAGACACGUUAAGGUGAACAAACCAAUCGGCAAGGUGCAGAUCAUCUCGGCGGACCUUUCGGAGAUCCCGCGAUGCAACUGCAAAGCCACGGACGAGAACCCUUGCGGCAUUGACUCAGAGUGCAUCAACCGCAUGCUGCUGUACGAGUGUCACCCUCAGGUGUGUCCCGCAGGUGAACGCUGCUUAAACCAAUGCUUCAUCAAACGUCAGUGCUGCCAGGUGGAGAUCUUCAGGACGCUGUCUCGGGGCUGGGGACUGCGCUGUGUGCAUGACAUCAAAAAGGGGGAUUUUGUCAAUGAAUACGUCGGAGAGGUCAUAGACGAAGAGGAAUGCCGUGCCCGUAUUAAGCACGCUCAGGAGACCAACAUAGGCAAUUUCUACAUGCUUACACUGGACAAGGAUCGAAUUAUUGAUGCCGGGCCCAAGGGAAACGAAGCCCGUUUCAUGAACCACAGUUGCCAGCCAAACUGCGAGACCCAAAAAUGGACGGUAAAUGGAGACACGCGUGUUGGGCUGUUUGCGCUUACAGAUAUACCUGCUGGCACAGAGUUAACAUUCAACUAUAACCUUGAGUGUCUGGGGGACGGCAGGACGGUGUGUAAAUGCGGUGCUUCUAAUUGCAGUGGAUUCUUGGGAGUGAGACCAAAAAACAACCCUCCAUCAGACGAUAAGGGUCGCAAACUAAAGAAGAAAUCCCAGAUGAAACGCAAAUCCCAGCAGGAAGUGAUCAAGGAGCGUGAGGACGAGUGUUUCAGCUGUGGAGAUGGAGGACAGCUCGUGUCCUGUAAGAGGCCGGGUUGCCCAAAGGUUUACCAUGCAGACUGCCUUAAUCUCACCAAGAGACCCGCCGGCCGUUGGGAGUGUCCGUGGCAUCAGUGUGACUUGUGCGGUCAGGAGGCAGCCUCCUUCUGCGAGAUGUGUCCCAGCUCCUACUGCGCAGAACAUCGGGACGGCAUGCUGUUCAUAUCCAAGCUGGACGGGCGCUUGUCUUGCAGCGAGCACGACCCCUGCGGCCCCGAGCCCCUGGAGCCCGGCGAGAUCCGGGAAUACACCCGGGAAAACAUCCCCACAUACCCCGUAAACGUCAUCAGAGCGACAAACACCGAAUCAACACCCCCGAACACUACAGCUGUCCCUCGGUCUCCACCACAGGACCUCUGUGGCCCCUCUAGUAGUCCGGUGGAAAUCUCUUUAAAUUGCGCAUAUUCACCCAUUUCUUCUUAUGGUGACGGCGAAGAUCUGAUGGAGUUAGAAGAUGGUGAGGGCGAGAAGAAAAUCAGUCAAGAUAAUUCAGAACAAUUAAAGAUGAAAGAUUGAUUGGUGGAUAGAGUAAAUAAUAUUAGUUGCCUUGUUUUGAAGGGAAGAGCACUUUAAUCGACGUCUGCAAAGAAAUUCUCUUUCGCUCAGAUUUCGGUGAAACCACGACUACGUUUGGAAAGAAAAACAUUUUCAUAUACGAUCACACUACCGUAUAUGAUUAAAUGGCACUGACUUCAUCAGCAGUUACAUCAUCACAGGGAAUUAUGAGAUUGUGUCCAUUUCUGUACACUACACAGACUGUACACUGACAGUGUACGCCACUAAACAUCCAAAACAAAAACUAAGAGAAUGAAAAUACAGUAUUGACGUUCUUGAAGGAUAGUUAUGUAUUUUUCCUUUACAUUUCAUUUCACAUAAAAAAAAGGCAUUUUUGUAGAAAUGGUGUUAGACAGAAAUAAGUAUCUUUACCAAAAUAUGUUUCUUCGGUACGUUUGCUCUGUGAGUAAAUGUUACUGAAAAAGUUCAAGGUAAAUUUAGCUUUUUAGAAGUUCGGCUUCUUUAAAGUCCGUGUAGAGUCCGAUAUUUAAUUAAAACAAGCAGUAUUAUCUGCUCUCAAACGCUGUCGGCGCUGAGAUCACACCUACUCGCGGGAAAGCUGCCGUCUCUUUUAACUUUCAAAUACCGUCUGCUACCAUGAACAAUAUAAUCUAGAUCAGAUAAUCCUCGAGUACCCCCUCCCAGAAAGUUUUAAAUUGUCUCUUUAUUUAAAACACCUGAUUUAAUUCAUCAGCCUCCUCCGGAAUGUAAGCUGAUGAGUUAAAUGAUGUGUGUUAAAUAAAGAGACAUCUAAAACAUUCUCGGAGGGCCACAAUUGGGAAACACUGACCUAGAUGGAGGCUCACGAUUGUUUUAGGGGCGGGGCCAUGCCUGGUGACUCCAGUGCAUCAUCAAGCCACUGUUGUUUUAGCCCCGCCCAAAUAAUCCAGAAAUGUGGAAAAACUGUUUAACGGUGUAACUCCACAAUUUAGUACUACAUAGUUCACAAUCUUUGCAACGUGUUUCAGUAAUAAAUUACUGAAAGAAACAUUUAUAAAGUGCUUCGAAACAAUUCUCUAAAAAUGACUUUACAUGGACUUUAAAAGUGCAGUAGGUUGUUAAUUGAUGGUAGUUGAUGAAGAAUAACCACACUUUAAAAAAAAUUAAGAGUAAACAUUGGACAGAUAUAGCAGUUGGGUUAUAAAUAACCAUAUGCUGGGUUGCUUUUACCCAACAUUUUAUACUGUGCACUAUAUUUAUCCAUCAGCAUUUCUGAUAUAUUAUAUAUUAUUACAUUUGUGACCCUGCUGUGAAAUCCAGACUAAACUCAUAAUCUAAAUCAUUGAUUUCACAUUCAUUUCAAUCUUUGACUUGAACUUAUUCAGUCAAUAUUAAAGAUAUCAAGGUUUUAUUUUUACAUCAACUUUACAUUAGGUAGGAUGAUUUUAUGUAGAAAACAGUAAAUCACAUUCAAAAAUGACUUUAUAGGUGGGAGUCACAUGUUACGGUGCCAGCUAUGUUAAAUGACUCUAUUUGAUAAUGCACUUUUUAAAAUUAUCCAAACUUCAUCUUCUAACAAAUGUGAAGACAAAUUUAAGUUUAUUUCUCAUGUAUUUUAGAGAAUUUUAAAAGUGUCUUUAAAUUAUUUUUUUGCCAAAUUGGCUCAAAAUCCCUGAAGAUUUAUGACAGAUAUAAGAUAAAUGUUCUUCUGUUUUGGUUUUCCAUGUCUGCAAAGUUUGUGCAGCAUCAUGCUAAACUCUUUUCUGGUUGCACUUAGUUCUGCUGAAUUAAUUAUAGGGGGAAGUGUCAAAUUUUGCACCAAAUGAAGUUCCCAUGCAUUACCAUCAUUGUCUAAACAAGAUAAAAUCGUUGUCCUGCCCCAAAACCAUGCACUGGACAAGCCAAAAUGUGACAGUAGCCUACAUCGUUAAAUAAGAUUUGUUGUUUCAACUUAAAAAAAAAUGAGUUAACUGAAGUUGAAUUAACUUACAAUUUUGCAACACGAACACUUAACUUUUUAAAGGGAUAGUUUACCCAAAACUGAAAAUUAUGUCAUUUUCUCACUCUGCAGUCCUUCCAGAAAAACAUGGAGUUUUUUUGUGAUUGUUGCGGGCAAAAAUCUUUGAUCUUGCGACACGUUUUCUUAAAAAAUGCCAUGGAAUAUCCAGCCUAUUUAUGCAAUGAAAUUACGGGAAGUGUUUGCAGCUUUUUCAGCUUCUCAUUGAUAUUCACGUCGCAUAAUUACGUCACUUCAUAAUGUUCCCAUGGCAACAGGGGACAUGGCUGCGCUUGUGUGAAGUAAAUGCAAACUUUUUCAACUUUCUGCUAAGAUAUAAGUGACUUUUUACGAAAAAAUGCGACAACCAUUAAAUCAUGCAAGCCCCGCAUAUUUUGCGUGCAGAAAAUCUGCAAUUUAUGUGGCGAAAGUACGGCGUAUUCAACUUUGCCUAAUUAUGCAUUGAAUCGCAUAAUCACGUUUUUCUGGAGGGACUGACUCUUAUCUUGUUACAAACGUGUAUACAUUUUUUUGUUCUGAUAAACACGAAGGAAGAUAUUUUGAGGAAUGUUUGUAACCUAAACCCCCUUUUAUUUUCAUAGUAUUUUUUGUCCUACAAUGGAAGUGAAGUGAAUGGUGCUCAUGAUCGGUUUGAUUACAAACAUUCCUCAAAAUAUCUUCUUUAUUGUUCAUCAGAAUAAAGAAAUGUAUACAGGUUUGUAACAACAUGAGAGUGGGUAAAUGAUAAGAGAAUUAUCCCUUUAAGUUGAAACAACAAAACUUUUUUACAGUGUACCCAAACAAAAUGAUAGAGAAGUUAAAAAAGCAUUUGAAGUUUUUAGGAGUUAAGGCUACAGUAUAAACUUGUAUUUGUUUUUGCACCACAGAUCAUUUAUUCAUUUCAAGUAUCUUAAGGUUUUGUGAAUCAAUUGGUCAGAUGAGCAAAGAGAAAAAACAUCACGUGGUUGUUCUAUACAGUUGUAUAUAUUUUUAUACCUUAAAAAUAUCUAGAAGAAAGUGACUGAGAAUCAAGUUAAGCGAAUAUGACCAUUUUCUUAUGCGGUGAAAUCUUGAAUGAUGUUCGAGAAUGUGAAUUAAGUCAUAUUAUUAUUGGCAACAAUACAAAGUCCUUUAUAGUCAUUUGUUUAAGAUGAGUUAUGUGACAAAUGAUUUGGGCUUGUUGUGUGUUAUACUCCUGAAUUCGGUCUGCUGGUGUUUCAAACCUUCGAUUUGAGUCUUCUGAAUACUGAGCACCAUUUCAGCCGGUUUACUGUACCCAUGUAUAUUAUUGCACUUAACGGUGUAAACUCUGCUCUGAGAGUUAUACUUCAUUAUAUUUGAGAAAAUCAUGCAAAAGGGAAACAUAUCUGCUGCCUGGUUGAAGACUAUAGUUGUGCUGUAGUGCUUUGUACAGAAUAAACAGCAUUACAAAAUCA